UUUCAUCCGCCGCAUUGGCACUCGCCUCCCCCCGCUGUGCGAUGGCUCGAGCGCGCAAUGCUCAGUGCGGAACUUUCAACUGACAUGGACAGGAUUACUCAGCUGCAAGAUGCCAUACUAGAUCUCCUAACCAUCACCGCCUCCUCGAUCGAGUACAUAACACACCGCACGCAGUUUGAGCAAACCUCGACAGCGAUACCGACAACACUACACACGACCCAGGCCGCGCGAAGAAAGGACUACCGCGCCGCGAUCGAGCAGUUUGUUAGCGAUAUCGUCCGGCGCGCAAAGGAUAUCGAAACGCUCAUUGCCGCGCUUCCCAGCAAGGACGACAGCGGUGUCCGCGCGACACGACUCGAGGAACUGCAGGCCGAGAUGGUAGUGGCUAAUCGGGAGUACAAGGAAGCAUUAGGGCAAGCUGAGGAGCUUCUGGGCGAGCUGAAGAAGGUGUUACGCAUCACGCUCGGCGAUGGUACAGAACGGAAUAUCACAGCCAGCCUGACAAGGCUCGGCAUCCCGCAAUCAUAG